UAUGUGUCAUUCAUCCGGGCAGUUCGAACUUCAUGUAUGCGCACUUUUUCAGUCCUGGAGGAAUUUCAUAUGGCCGAAAAGGGGUGUGUGGGACUGUUUACAUUCCGAAUGACAACAAAUGUAGGAGGUAUUUAGUCUAAAUUGUGAGGAACGGUGCCAUCGUGGGUUAAAACUUCACUAGUAAAGAACAACACCAGUCGAUGUUACUAACAUGGCCGAGGAUAGCGAAUGGGUCUUGGAGAGCAUUGUUGGAUACCUUGGAAGUCCAGAAUGGGUGAUACCAGUUACCGACUUUAUGGAAAAUAAGUGCACAGUGUUUGAUGAUGAAGAUGAAAACAAAUUGACUUACACAGAAAUACACCAGCAAUACAAAGAAUUGGUGGAGAAGUUGCUAGAAAGCUACAUGCAAGAAGUGGGCAUCAAUGAGCAGCAGUUUGUGGAAGCAUGCGCUUCUCCUUUUGCAAAAUCCAAAACAUUGCAGAGUGUAUUCCAUCCGGUUCUGGCUACAGAUGACUUCCAGAUGUUUCGAUCCCUGAUGGUACAAAAGAAUAUGGAGCUUCAGCUGCAGGCCUUGCGUGUGAUAAAAGAGAGGAAUGGUGCCCUGCCAGAGUGUUUGAUGGAUGGAGAGGAUGUUAUGAGCGAGCUGGAACAACAGGAGAUGAAGAUUUUACAGGAGGUGCUCAAGAGGUCAAAGGAGGAGUACGACAUGGAGAUGGCUCGCCGGACUCAGUUGGAGGAGGAACUUGGAACCACGUCCAGCAGUUGCUCUAUCCUGUCUGUGCCCAACGGAACUGACACCGGUCCUCACCAGGACUUGUCCCUCUCGUCCCCCUCACUGUCGGCCAACAGCGUCAGCAAGACAAGCAACACCGCAGCAAAGAAAGAGGAGAAGAUAGUGGCGUCUGCACAAGGAGAUAAGGCCCAGAAGAGUCCAGCCAAGACAGGUGCCGCCAACCCUGCCAAACCGCCCGCAGGGAAAGGGAGUACUGAUGGAAAGACUCUCCCUGCUGUGAGAGCCCCGGUGAAGGGCACAGAGGCUCCUGUCUCGCCCAAAGAGAAGAGCAGCAGCAACAGCAACAGCCAGGCAGCCGAGAGCUGGCUGGAGGAGGCUCGGAAGGAAGCUGGUAUCUCUAAGCCAUUUACGGAGUUGUCGGCAUCCCAGCAGGAGCAGCUCCAGCAGAGGGCGCUGUAUCUGAGACAGCAGCGCGACAAGCUGCAGGCCCUGAAGAAGGAGCAGCAGCGGCCCAAACAGACCCGACCCGAGGAGCCGCUGGCUGCCCCCACUGCUGCACCCAGCACACAGGAGAGUGUCCCCAAAAAGACUGUGAGUGCUAGUAAUGGCACCUCCUCACAGCCAGGGGGCGCUCCUCAAGGGGACCAAAAGCCAAAGGAAAUAUCAGUAGAGGAAAGAAAGAAGUUACAGAAACGGAAACACCUAGCCGAAAAAUUAAAAGAAGAGGUCAUCAAGAAGUAGCUCCUCCAUUCCGUAGCCCUUCUUGGCCACUGAGAGAUUAUUGUUUUGAAAUGAACUACAAAUACACCAGGAGACUGGAGGAGAUUGCCAUUAAACUACAGCAUUUCAAAACUGGUAUUUAUGUAGAUGUAAUUUAAAUUAUGCAUUCUAUCUAUGUAAAACAUAUAUGCUAAUGCUAUGUUAAAUAAUUUUAUAUACUCCCUUUUUUCAUUUUGCAAAAGUAUGAAAGUAGUAUAUGAAUUCAACCAAGGAUCGAUACUGGAUACUGUUCAUCAGUAGGCAUAUGUCUUCAUUCCUCUGAUAUAGCAAAUCUAUGUCACAUGUCGUUCAUAGCUGGCCUGUUAUAUGCAGUCUUCAGGCUCACACACACUGAGGGAUACAAUAACAUUAAGUCUAAGUGCUGCCAUGUGUUUGUUUUGAUUUGGUGGCCUGAUCUGCAUAUGUGCUGUCAUUGAGUAAUGCUGUAAGUUGUUUAAGUUGUUUUUUGUAAAUAUUGUAUAUUCUGGUUUGACUAUACCGUGUUGGUAAGGUAAGCAUCAUGUCUUGAGUUCAUUGUCUUGGGGACGCAAUUAUGUAUUGUCAUUCAAAUUGCACAUCUGUGAUAUGCAAAUAAAGAAUAGUUACUCUUUGGCUAUAA